AUGUUUUGUCUUCUGCGUCAAGUUUUUGGUUCCAACACUUUUCCUGCCGUUCUGCCGAGAUCUCUUAUUGACAGAACAACCAUUAAGGGUUCCAAAGACAUACGGAGACGAUGGGCUGGAUAUUUGUCCAAGCGCCUCUCUAAUCCAUUUAAUAUUGAUGACGCAGUCAUAGAUAAAUUGCCACAUAAUGAUUCUUUCUACUUCUCGCGAUCUGUUUGUCUUUCUUUCUUUUUUCUUUCUUUAUGUCUUUCUUUCUUUUUAUCUUUUUCUCUUUCUCCCUUUCUUUACUUCUCUCUAUCUUUCUCUUCAUUCUUCUCCUCUGUCUUUCUUGAUGUCUUUCUUUCUUUCUCACUUUCUUUCUUUCUCUCUAUCUUUCUUUUCAUUCUUGUCUUCUGUCUUUCUUUCUUUCUUUUUCUUUCUUUCUUCCUGUCUUUAUUUUUCUUUCUGUCUUCUUUCUUUCUUUAUUUUUCUUUGUUUCUUUGUUUCUUCCUGUCUUCUUUCUUUCUAUAUUUCUUUCUGUAUGUAUGUCUUUAUUUUUCUUUCUUUCUUUUUUCUUUCUUUCUAUCUGUCAUCUUUCUUUCUGAAUGUCUUUAUUUUUCUUUCUUUUUUCUUUCUUUCUAUUUUCCUUUCUUUCUUUCUAUCUGUCAUCUUUCUUGCUUUCUUUCUUUCUUUUUUUUCUUUCUUUCUUUCCAUGCAUGGUGUUUUGAUUCUGAAAUAUUAACCUCCCACCUCCUCAUCCUGCUACUUUGA